AUGUCGUUGUCGAUUGUCACAAAAGCGCAUCGUUUUAUAAAACAAAAAUAAUCGUUCAUUGUUGGUCGGACGGCCCAGGAUCACAUGUCGGAAGACGACACUGACGAUUUCAGACAUUUCUUCUGUCUAAGAACGACAGAAUAAAUUCCUCCUGUCUAAGAGCGGCUUGUGUCAACGCGGCGCGGGAAUCUAACUGGCAAGGCUGGACAACAUCAGCAACCUGCGCAAGUCCGUCAUCAAAGUUAUGAAGAUCAAAUUGCCGCGCGAUCGCUUUCCGUCAACAUCAUCGACUGACGAGAACGAAAGCGGCACGGAGUGGGAGGCGGAGGCGGGGCUGCGGCCGCCCAUGCUGCAGGCGCGCCUGCCGCCACCGCAAGCUGUCGUGGUGGGCUCGGUGCGCAAACGACGCGGCAACCUACCCAAGCACUCGGUCAAGAUACUCAAGCGCUGGCUCUACGACCACCGUUACAACGCAUACCCCAGCGACGCGGAGAAACUGGCUCUCAGUCAGGAGGCCAACUUGACCGUCCUGCAGGUUUGCAAUUGGUUUAUAAAUGCGCGGCGACGCAUUCUGCCCGAAAUGAUCCGGCGGGAGGGGCACGAUCCGGUACACUACACGAUCUCGCGGCGCGGGCGCAAGCAGCCACCCGGCGCCGCCCUAGGAGCACUAGGCGCGCUCGGCCUGCCUGCCUCGGGCUCCGGCCUCGGUCUCGCGCCCGCCAACGUCACUGUCGCCGCUUGGGGUGGCGUAGAAGUUGAGAACGUGGUGGAUAACAGCCGCGGACACGAUUACGGCGACGGUCUGCUGGUGUAUCGCAGCGAUGCGCUGGGUGACGCGGAGGAAGGGUAUUCGAGCGCCGUCAGCGAGGAGGAGGUCAAGUAUGACCCCUCCGUGUGGCAGUCCGUCAUCCGCUACGGACCCGACGACAGGGACUUGCAUCCCGCUAUUAGAGGAUCUGGUGGAGUGGUGACGAUGAGCUCGACCCAACUGGUGGAGGGCGAGGUUGAGAAUGAUGGUGACGGUUGGGCCCCGCAGAUGCCGCGACUGCACCAGCCGAUGCAUACACAGGUGAGCCCGCCGCCGCCAGUCGCCAUGGAACUCGAGGUGGCCACCACGGACAUGUGGUGCCACAACAACAGGACCGACACAUGAACACAAUGUUCAUCGCAACAACCAUGAUCCACACCCACUAUGUUGUCUAUGUACAGUAGACAAUGUAUUCAGCACCUAUCAGAAGACUUAAGUUAUUAAAAUUAAGGAUAUUAAAUAAUUUAGAUUAGCUACAAAAAUGGUAGCAAGAAAGUACGUUUUGAACACUUUCGAGUCUGAUAAUAAGACGGCGUUUAAAAAUAAAACUGCGCUAAUGCUCACCAUUUUGUUAGGUCUGUUGUGGGUACUUUCAAUACGCACGGUUAUUUCUUGAUAUUCGAUACCAUGGAAUUAAUAAAUAGUGUUCAAAUUAUUACAAUCUGUUGGCGAGGUCGGUAUUAAAUUAAAUAUUAUAAAUAUUGAACAUGAAACCAAUUUAAACUAGACUAGUUUCUAUUAAGAAGAAUAUACCGUAAUUUUUAUCUUAGUUUGAGGAUCUUAUUCAGUUGUCUAUUGCAGAAUAAAUUUUGUUUUUAAA